AUGGAAACCCAAGGAUCUAGUUGCACUGUCAGCGAGGGCACUUCGCGGCAUGAUACUCAGAUGGACGGGUGUAUGCCUCUUUCUCUUGAUUCCACUAAGGGGCGACACGGAGCGCCUGAACACCACCCCUGCUCGCCAAGGUCGACUGAAAAUGCCAGUUCGCUUGAGUCAAGCCACAAUGCUAAGAAAGACUCUGGAUCCAUUAAUGAGGAUGCAACAAGAUACCGAGAAGCGAUUUAUGAGUCUGUGGGAGGGUUACCAGAUUCUACAUCAGGGCGCGAGCAUGAGCAGCACCCGGUAAAGCGGCCUGCAGGGACACCAGAGGCAGUCCAAGCGGCCGAGAUGUCGGCGGAGACCGUUUGUCAACCUAGAGCAGGUGAGCCACUAGCGUGUACGUUGCCAAGCGGAGCCUACAGGAGCUCUUCUACACAGAGUAAGCGACGGAAGUGCUCCAAAACUGAAGAGGAGCUGGCGUGCGAUGAUCCUACGGAUGAAAGAUCAAAAACUGCAGUGGAAGCGAAGCCACAUGACAUGAAUGCACCAGCGGCGGCUGACAUGCGAUAUGGCGACUUGGCCAGGGCCGUCGGUGGGUGGGCUUCAAAAGAGGAUAAACCUCCUAACGUAGUGGGAAAAGUUCCUCCGAAAGAUCCAAGCACGAUGUAUCAGUCUGCGUGGAUUCUCGCCCCUAUGGUGCGAAUAAGCACGUUGCCGUUCCGCCUGGAAUGUCUCAAGUACGGCGCAGACCUCGUUUUUACCGAAGAAAUUAUUGAUUGGAAGCUCCUAGAUACGAAGCGGUAUGAAAACAAGGAUUUCAGCACUAUUGAGUAUAUAUGCAAGAAUGAUCGGCGAUGCAUCUUCUCAACUUGCGAGCUUGAAGCGGGCAAAGUAGUGCUGCAGUUAGGGACUGCGGAUCCCACCCGCGCACUUCAGGCUGCCACAACAGCCCUACAGGACAUCGCGGCGGUAGACAUUAAUAUGGGCUGCCCGAAGAGCUUUUCAGUCAAAGGUGGCAUGGGAGCGGCAUUACUACAAACCCCAGACUUGGCGAUGGAUAUUCUGAAGACCCUUACUCGGAAUCUUCCAUGCCCAGUGACUUGUAAGAUUCGCCUUCUUGACAGCAUAGAAGAGACUGUGGACUUCGCGCGCAAAUGUGAAAGUGCCGGAAUAGCAGCCAUUACAGUUCAUGCAAGAAAACGCCACGAAAGGCCUGCCCACAGGGCGAAUUGGCAAGUCUUUCCGACACUACGGAGUGCCCUGAAGAUCCCACUGAUAGCAAACGGUGACUUCCUCUCUCCUGAAGAUGCAGUUCUCUUCCAAGAUACCUACGAUAUUCACAGUCUAAUGUUCGCUAGAGGGGCCAUGUGGAACCCAGCUCUAUUCUCUCGCAACCCGCGCUUGAGACAUGAGAGGACACCCGAAUGCGCUGUAACGCGUGCGACCAUUUUUCAAGACUACAUUAAGCGUGCAGUGUUAUGCGGAGCCCCGUACCAAUCGAUGAAGUUUACUCUUCAAGAAAUGACUGCACGGGAAAGCGAUCGGGACCUCAAACUACGGCUGGUAGCCGCAAAUUCGACUGCAAAGAUUUGUAGUGUAUUUGGUUUAGAUGAUUUCUACGAUGGUUUUGAUCAUGUCCCACACGCCAAUACGCUUAAUUACUACAAAUACGUUGAUCUGUCAUGA